AUGGGCUUUUUCGAAUUGGCAUUUUGCCCACAGGACGACUACACCACUAUCCGCCAGAUUGGGAAAGGAGCGUUUGGGACAGCACAUAUCGUCCAGCACAAGGUGACCGGCGAGCGGUUUGUUUUAAAACGUGUACGACUUGCUCGUCAAACCGCGCGGGAGCGGCAGAGCAGCGUCAAGGAGUUGUUGCUGCUCAGCAACUUACGACACCGGAAUGUGCUGGAGUUCAAGGGGUGUUGGGUGGAGGGGGGCUGCAACUUGUGUAUGCUGGUGGAGCUGUGUGAGAGCGGGGACCUGUUCACACAGCUGCGGCUGAGGGUGAGUGCGUGCGUGCGUGAACUGUGUAUGUGUGCGUGGUGGGUGGAGUUGCUGUCCGCGCUGGCCUACCUGCACCGAUCCAACAUCGCACACCGGGAUUUGAAAACCGCCAACAUACUCAUCACGGGAGAUGGCUGUCUAAAGCUCGCAGAUUUUGGGUUAUCUACGGUUUUGGAGCAGGAAAGUAACCGCAUGACUAAUACCAUGGUCGGAACGCCCAACUACAUGUCACCGUGCGUACUGCAGGAGAAGCCGUACGGCACGCCCAAUGACAUUUGGGGCCUGGGCUGUGUUUUGUUUGAGCUGUCGGCGCUCAAACCCGCGUACCAGGCAUUCAACAUGGCGGGCCUUAUUAAAAAAGUCACGUCGGGGCCGGCGCCCCCCGUGCCCCCAUGCUACAGUGACCAUUGGCGUAAUCUGGUUCGCGCCAUGUUGACUAAGGAACCGGAUAUGAGACCCUCCGCGUCCGAACUUUUGGAUCUUGAUUGGCUGCAGGUGUGUGUUUUUAUGUAUGUAUAUGUGUGCAUGGGCGUGUGGGUGUAG